AUGGCCGUUGCACAUAAAACAGAGGCAACCAAGGGUCUCCUGAAAGAAAACGUAGAUCCAGAAAUAAAAAUGGAAGCGCAGUGUUCUUCAGGCCUUCAGUCUGGAGAAGGAAGGAGAAGAGAAGAUUUCCCAGAAACUGGGAAGAUUAAGCAGGAGUUUAUCCAUCAUGUGAAACAAGAGCCAGAAGAAGGACCAUCUGGAAAUUGGGAUGCCCAACUGCAAGAGUUUCUGAAGACGCUGCAGGCUCCCGAUUCUGGUGGAGAAAGCCCUUCAGUGGCCUGGAAUGACUCUAAAGCCACUCAGGUGCUCUCUCAGAGGAUGAGGGAUGCCAGCAACUGUCCCAGAGGAGUUUGGAUGGCUCAGGCCCAGCCACAUCUGGCCACUGAAGCCCAGCGGGACUAUGAGAGUUCUUGGGAGGUAGCAUCCAGCGGGAAGGGGCAGAAGGGGGUGGUGAGCGGGCCUGGAGCCAGGCUGGAGAAACAGCGCCAGCAGUUCCGGGAGCUGUCUUACCAAGAAGCCGAGGGGCCUCGCGAACUCUGCAAGCAUCUCCAAGAACUUUGCCACGAGUGGCUGAAGCCGGAGAAACACACCAAGGAUCAGAUCCUGGAUUUGGUGACGCUGGAGCAGUUCUUGGCCACCUUGCCUUCGGAUAUGCAGAGCUGGCUGAAAGAAAACGCUCCGAGGACCUGCGCCCAGGCUGUGUCCCUCGCAGAGGAUUUCCUUGUGAAGCAGCAGGAGGUCAAAGGCUGGAGCAAGCAGAUGAUGGGGAUCAUGGAGGAGGAAUCUGAAAAGCCCCCCAAAGGAAACCAAGCUCUGUCAGAAAUGGUGAAGGCCCAACUUUCUAGAGAAGCCAAGCAGGAAACUGGAGGGGAUGUAGUCACAUUGGCCGAUGAUUGGCCUGAGCUACAGAGGACAUCGCUGACAUCUGCCAGGGAGAAUUACUUCCUGGCUCCAGGUAAACCCGAUGAGAGUCAACCUGCAGCAGAGCAGCAGGACAGAAACAAAAACGAGGCCGGAGCAGAGCAGUUGUGCGUCUCACAAGGGUUUUUCCAAGAUGCCGCCGAAUCAUCCUUCCUCCAUACCGGGGGGAAAUACGAUGCAGGGGGCCUCAGCCAAAGUUCCCACCUUGAGGCGUGCGACAACCCUGACCUGGGGGAGAAGCAUUACAAAUGUUGGCAUUGCGGCCAGACCUUCAGCAGUAGCUCGGAUCUCUUGACCCACGAGAGAAGCCACGUGGCCGAGAAACUCUACAUCUGCCCCCACUGCGGAGAAAAAAAAAGAAUGCACGCCGGGCAGAACUCCCACGUCUGCUCCCACUGCGGGAACCAUUUUGUCUGGAUUCCCAAAGAGAGGCUCAGCGCCGACCAAGAGAAAUGCUACCUUCAGCCGACGGACUGCCUUAAGCCCCAGAAAACUCACACCGGGGAGAAGUACAUCUGCACAGCCUGCGGGGACAGAUUUACCUCAUACCCCUCUCUCAAAGUGCACCAGAUGGCCCACCGAGGGCAAGACACGUUCAAAUGUUUGCACUGUGGGAAAUCCUUCCUGUCCGGGCCACACCUGAUCCUGCACGAACGGGUCCACAAGAACACCUACGCGUACUACGGGAAAAGCCGAAAAUCAGAGCUGCACGAACAUGAGAAAACUCACCUAGCCACCGAGUAGCCGUUGUUGGUUUUUUUACCUCAUUUAACUGUAGGAAAAUGUUUUCUGAACCUCAAAGACGACAAAGCUCAAAUUUGUUAACGGCCGGAGAGAGACACAUGAUCCCUGAAAGCCUUCGGUGUUGUUAUAUGGUCGCUGACAGGUUCCAAGUUUUA